GGCGCACGCGCCUGGAGAGCCGAGCCCGCAGGGGCCGGAGCUCCGGCCGAGGCCGGUGCAGCUGCUCGGGAAGGCUGUGACAGUCGGUGGCCGGGGCCGAGCGCGAGGCACAGGACGAGAAUGAAUGGGCCGGCGGGGCUCGCGUACCUGGACCGUCGCGAGCGGGUUCUCAAAUUGGGCGAAAGUUUCGAGAAGCAGCCGCGCUGUGCCUUCCACACCGUGCGCUAUGACUUCAAACCUGCUUCUAUUGAUACUUCUUGUGAAGGAAAUCUUGAGGUUGGCAAAGGUGAACAGGUGACAAUAACUCUUCCAAAUAUAGAAGGUUCAACUCCACCAGUCACGGUUUUCAAAGGUUCCAAGAGACCUUACUUAAAAGAAUGCAUUUUGAUUAUUAACCAUGAUACUGGGGAGUGUCGCCUGGAAAAACUCAGCAGCAACAUCACUGUGAAAAAAACAAGAGUUGAAGGAAGUAGUAAAAUUCAGUAUAGACUAGAACAACAGCAGCAACAAAUGUGGAAUCCACCUAGGACUUCCAACCUUGAACACCAUUCUCCAUCAGAAGAUAAGAUGUCUCCCGCAUCUCCAAUGGAUGAUAUUGAAAGAGAACUGAAGGCAGAAGCUAGUCUAAUGGACCAGAUGAGUAGUUGCGACAGUUCAUCAGAUUCCAAAAGUACCUCAUCUUCAAGCAGUGAGGAUAGUUCUAGCGAUUCAGAAGAUGAUGACCGAUCCUCUCCUUCAGGUCCAGGGACAUAUAGCUCAGGACAUUCUAGCAUGUCUGCCAGGCCACAGUACAGGACUCCAGAUACUGAUGCUAGCCGCAAUAGAUUUCAUGACAACAGUGGCCUACUGAUGAGUACUUUACGAAGCGAUUUGCAGCUGAGUGAAUCGGAAAGUGACAGUGAUGACUGAAGCGAUAUUGUGUUACAAAGAAAACAUUUGUAAAACGUGGGAUAAUCUGUCUCGUAUUAAGAUUAAAUACUCUUUGACUAAGGAAAAUAUGUAAUUUUUGCUGAAAAACAUUAAAUUGACUCAGAAUUUCAACGUU